AUGACCAAGUAUUACGCUGUUAGAAACGGCCGUUCCAUCGGCAUCUUCAAUGACUGGGGCAGUUGCUCGGAUUCUGUCAUUGGCUAUUCGAGAGCCGAGUUUAAGAGUUUCAAUUCCGCUUCAGAUGCUUCCAGUUAUAUGCAUGGAGGAAGUAGUGGAAAUAGUGGAAACAGUGGAAGCGGUAGUUACGGAGGCUCGAGUUACAGCUUAGGUCAUGCCUCCACCAGCCAAGCCCUCAGUCAAGCCCCCAGUCACCCUUCUGGUAACGAUUCCGGCUACGAUUCUGGCUAUGGUGGUUUUUCUUCAACCCCACAAAAGACACAUACCAUUUAUACUGAUGGUGCCUCGAAGAAUAAUCAGUCUCAAGGUAAAUCUAUUGCAGGCUACGGUGUCUACUAUGGUGAUAAUGACUCCAGAAAUACCGCGGCACCUUUGGAAGGCUCUCGGCAAACCAAUCAACGUGCCGAAUUGACCGCUAUCAGUAAGGCUAUGGAUGGAAUUCUAGAAGAUAACAGUGACACCAAAUACGGCAUUACUACUGACUCUAAGUACUCUCUAGGAUGCAUGGGAGAUUGGGGAGAGAAAUGGAGGACCAAUGGAUUCCGUUCUUCUAACGGUAAGCCUGUGGAAAAUAGAGAUAUCAUUGAACCAGCCUUGGAAAAGCUUGACCAAGUCAAUCAAAAAUAUCAAGAAAAGGGCUGGGGCAACUUGGAAUUCAAUCAUGUACGGGGUCAUGUUGGUGUUGAAGGUAACGAGAAGGCUGAUCAGCUUGCAAAUGAAGGCUGCAGAAGGCAUUGA